AUGCCAAAGCGGUCCGAGGAGAUGCUCAUGGAUCUGUGGAUGUCCUUGCUGCUGGUGUGGAUUACUUGUGUUCCCUGCGUGUCUAUGACUCCUAUCAUAGGCCAGUCCGAAAGUACACAAACUGGUGGGUCUGCAGUGGUGGCGAGCGGUCUUGGCGAAGGACAAAGAUUACUGAGCCGCGCCAAGAGAGGAUGGGUUUGGAAUCAAAUGUUUGUGCUGGAGGAAUUUUCUGGACCCGAUCCAAUUCUAGUUGGCAGGCUACACACAGACUUGGAUGUGGGUGGCAAGAACAUCAAGUACGUCCUAGCAGGUGAGGGGGCAGGCACCAUCUUCGCCAUCAACGAGUUAACAGGCGACAUUCACGCUAUGAAGAGGCUGGACCGCGAGGAGAAGGCCGAGUACACGCUAACAGCCCAGGUCAUUAAUGCCGACACGGACGAGCCCUUGGAGCCGCCGUCCGAGUUCAUCAUCAAAGUCCAGGACAUUAACGACAAUCCGCCGCAGUUUGUGGAAGGCCCGUACCGAGCCUCUGUUCCAGAAAUGUCUGCUGUCGGUACCCCAGUUACCCGGGUAACAGCUACAGAUGCUGAUGAUCCAGUGUACGGGAACAGCGCUAAACUAGUCUACAGCAUACUGGAGGGACAACCAUAUUUCUCCAUAGACCCCAACUCAGCGACCAUAAAAGUCGCUCUCCAUGGGAUGGAUCGGGAGAUGAGAGAGGAGUACCUGGUGGUCAUUCAAGCCAAGGACAUGGGAGGUCACAUGGGGGGCUUGUCUGGAACCACGACUGUCACCGUCACGCUAACGGACAUCAACGACAAUCCCCCGAAGUUCUCUAAAAGCUUGUACGAGUUUGUGAUCGCCGAAGACCUACCAACAGGAAAAAUGGGCGGCAAGGUGAAAGCAAACGACAGAGACAUCGGUGAGAAUUCCAAGUCAACGUACAGCAUCGUGGAGGGAGAUGAGCAAGGCAUGUUCGAGGUUAUCACCGACGCGCAGACACAAGAAGGGAUUCUCCGACUGAAAAAGACUUUAGACUUUGAGAGCAAGAGAGCCUACACCCUGAAGGUUGAAGCCACCAACAUCCGCUCUGAGCCCAGCGGCGGUGGGCCCUUCAAAGACACAGCUACAGUGAAGAUCGUGGUCGAAGACUCCGAUGAACCUCCUGUGUUCUCCAAACCGAUGUACUUACUGGAAGUGAAGGAGAACGCUCCUAUCAACACGGUCAUAGGGACAGUGACCGCCAGGGAUCCUGACUCCACUGGGAGCCUCGUCAGGUAUUUCAUCGAUCGGCACACAGACAUGGAGAGGCAGUUCAACAUCAACGUGGACGAUGGGAAGAUCACGCUGGCCAAGCCGCUGGACCGCGAGACGGACAUGUGGCACAACAUCACAGUAACCGCCACAGAAGUCAGAAACCACAGUCAGAUAUCGAGGGCGAUUGUGGCCAUCAGAGUAAUGGACAUUAAUGACAAUGCCCCUGAGUUUGCCACCGAAUACGAGGCCUUUCUGUGUGAAAAUGGAAAAACUGGACAGGUGAUCCAGACUGUCAGCGCUGUGGACAAAGACGACCCGAUCCAGGGCCACUACUUUGACUAUCGCCUGGUCCCGGAGAUGCUCAACAACCCCAAUUUUACCAUCAAGAACAACCAAGACAAUUCAAUCAGCGUUCUAGCCAAGCAUGAUACCUUCCGACGACAGAAACAGGAGAUGUACUUUCUGCCAAUCAUUGUGACGGACAAUGGGAAUCCACCGAUGAGCAGCACCAACACCUUGACCAUCCGAGUCUGUGGGUGCAGUAAGGAUGGCAUUGUCCAGUCCUGCAAUGUGGAGGCCUACGUCUUACCUAUCGGCCUCAGCAUGGGAGCUCUCAUUGCCAUCCUGGCCUGCAUUAUACUGCUGUUAGUAAUAGUAGUACUAUUUGUGACCCUGAGGAGACACAAGAAUGAGCCCCUAAUUAUAAAGGAUGAUGAAGAUGUGAGGGAGAAUAUUAUUCGUUACGAUGACGAAGGAGGCGGCGAGGAGGACACGGAGGCUUUUGACAUCGCAACGCUGCAGAACCCGGAUGGUAUCAAUGGCUACCUGCCACGCAAGGACAUCAAGCCUGACCUGCAGUUUAUGCCCCGGGCUGGCCAGCACUCGGGCCCGAACGGCGUGGACGUGGACGAAUUCAUCAACGUACGGCUGCAUGAGGCAGACAAUGAUCCCACAGCGCCGCCAUACGACUCCAUCCAGAUCUAUGGAUACGAGGGCCGGGGAUCCAUCGCCGGCUCCCUCAGCUCACUGGAGACGGCGGCGUCGGACUCGGACCAGAACUAUGACUAUCUCAGAGAGUGGGGCCCACGCUUCAGAAGACUUGGGGAGCUCUACUCUGUGGGCGAGAGCGACCGCGAGACCUGA